GCCCCCGCCCCCUCCUGCUCUCCUCAGAGGCUCCGAGACGCCUCAGCGGCGGCAGCGUCGACCGUUGGCCGGCCGGGCGGGCGGGGGCCUCCUUCUCCCGCGCUCUCCCUGCCUGCCUGCCCGCCUGCCUGCCUCGCGCCGCCCGCCGGCUCGCCCCGGGCGCGCAGGGCGAGGGCGGCGGCGGGACGCCUUUGCUGCUCGCCGGCCGGCCGGCUGACUGGCCGGCCGCGGCGCCCGCGCACCAUGCCGCGCGUCGUCCCGGACCAGCGGAGCAAGUUCGAGAACGAGGAGUUCUUCAGGAAGCUGAGCCGGGAGUGCGAGAUUAAAUAUACUGGCUUCAGGGAUAGACCACAUGAAGAAAGACAGGCCAGGUUUCAAAAUGCAUGCCGGGAUGGACGAUCUGAGAUAGCUUUUGUGGCCACAGGAACCAAUCUGUCUCUCCAGUUUUUUCCGGCCAGCUGGCAGGGGGAGCAGCGGCAAACACCCACCCGAGAAUAUGUUGACUUUGAAAGAGAGGGAGGCAAGGUCUACUUAAAAGCACCCAUGAUCCUUAAUGGGGUCUGUGUUAUUUGGAAAGGCUGGAUAGAUCUCCAAAGACUGGAUGGCAUGGGCUGCCUAGAAUUUGAUGAGGAGCGGGCACAGGAAGAUGCAUUAGCACAGCAGGCUUUUGAAGAAGCACGGAGAAGAACUCGAGAAUUUGAAGACAGAGACCGGUCUCAUCGGGAGGAAAUGGAGGUGAGAGUCUCACAGCUGCUGUCAGUUACUGGCAAGAAGACAACAAGACCCUAGUCCUGGAUCAAACCUGGGAAGUGGCGAUGAUCUCAAAUUGCGCUGAGAAGCAGUGCUGUGCUUUUUAAACUGGGCAAAUUAUGGAAUCAAACGACCAGAAACUGUGAUGACUGGAUAUAUAUAUAUAUAUAUAUAUAUAUAUAAAUAUAUAUAUAAUAGUCUUUUCCCUGAUCUGUGGCAGCCAAACUAUCAUGUCCUGCCAUGGUUUGCACUAUGUUUGUGUUGCAUUACCUGUGUUCCUGUUCUUUAAGCAUGUCGCCAGUGGGAAUUUGAGAUUCUUGUUUUUCUAUGCAAGCUUAUGAUUUCUUGGCACUAUUUUAGCAAAGAGAGAACUUUACACAGCCAUAAAAAUGUUCCUCAGCUGAUACUUGUUCAUUUCAGGAUGGGUCAGAAUAAAUUUUUGUGAGUUCUUAAAAACCAAAACUUUCUAAACUAAUUUUAUAUGAGAUGUUGGACGUUUGUCAUAAUGUUCUUGCUUUUAGACACACACGCUUUGUGGUUGUCUCUUUUUGCACUUUUUUCUCAACUUGCAAAAGAUUUUACCCUUUUACAUUAUGCAACCUGAACCAAGUAACACGGUGUUGUCUGUUGAUUUACUGAAUUACAUGGUUUUAUUUUUAAAAAGACCAUGGUAUCCUAUUAUUUUAGUUUACAAGUUCCAGUGGCAAAAGGAGUCUUAACCUGUCAGUACAUUCUGAUGCAAAUUGAAUUCUGAAAUUGUUCUUCUGAAUUUUUCCUCCAACUUAAAGAGAAAUGGAGACAUUUAAAUAAUGGUACAGUACGUACAAAAUCUCAUACUGGUUGCAAGAUUUCUUUGUGUGUGUGUGUGUGUGUUACUUCAUAUUGUUUCAAUAUUUUCCAAUAGGGUAAGAUUUUGGGUAAAAUUAAUCAAUAUUCACCUA